AUGCAACUCCACGGGAAAUGCACCUCCAAAGGGGUGAGCAAAUUUCUUGGAAGGCAGAAGAAUAAGGAAUCAUUAAGAGCCAUAAAUGAAUACAGAGAAAAACUGAAAUGUCUAUCGAACCACGAAAAGGUCGUAAGGAUUGAUCUUAACAGGAGAGGUGAAAAGUGCAGCAGAUAUUUUUUUGAUAAUAAUAAAUACAUAUAUGUGAAGAACAAUGUUGAAAUAGAACAAUUCGAUAGGGGAGAAAGAUGCAUUGGAGAGAGGCACAACAAUGUUGUUAUUAGUUCAACUAUUAGAAAAAUGGACCCAACUAGCUCAAGUAAUGUGAAAGAGAGAAAGCUGCUAAAAUCUGCAAAAAAACUUCGAGACAUGUACGAUCUACUACAAGAAGAAUUUGUGUACAUGAAAUUUAUAUAUAAAAUAAAGAUUAAAAACAUUUUUGCUUUAGUGAAUAAUAUAAAAAAGAAUAAACAUAUCGAUAAGAAACAGAGGGAUAUCAUACUGAAUUGUAUUUACAAAUAUGUAAGUCAUAAUUGCUAUGUAAUGUGCAAGAAUGAUUUUUUUUUUUUUCUUUAUAUAUUUCCACAAAAAUUGAAAUAUUCAACGAAAGUGAUUCAUUAUUUAAGAAAUUUUCUUGAAAAAGAAUUGAUGACUCUUAGUGAAUGUUUAAGAUUAAUAAAUGAAAUAAAUUUAUUACAUAUUAAUUAUCAUAUUAGAUAUAGUUACAUCCACUUUUUAAUUCGAAAUAUACACAAAAUUACUGUCGGCCAAAUGUUACAUAUGCUGACCACUGGCAGUUACUUAUUUGCAAUAACACCUGAUUUUAAAACGAAUGAAGAAAAGCAAGAUGUUACUUUUAAAAAUUUAUUAAUAAAAAAUGUAAAAGAGAGAAAAAAUAUACCCCUAGAUGAAAAAUUAAAAAAUGAAUACUUAAACUUCUUGACAAUGUGUGCAAGUUGUAAAAAUGUCUAUCUCAAAAUAUUUUUUAACGACCUCUAUGUCCAACUACAUAAAAGAAUAAUAAUCGAAAAUUUAAAUGUAAUCAAACAAAAUAAUGAUUAUGAAUAUCUACAAAAAGUAGUUCACCUGGGUAGUUGUAACAUAUGUAUAAACCACUUAAACUAUUUACUUCUCCCGGAGGAAUUCUUUUUUCCCAAGAAUUCUAAUAAAAAAAAAAUUAAAAUAAAAGUUUUUCCUUCCUUUAUAGACAUGAACCAAGUAGACAUUCUCAAUACACACCAUCCUAUGGAAGAGAAGGAAGAUAAAAAAUGUAGUGAAUCUAGCUUGGAAAACUUACAGGAUACCUUUUCUCCAAAUGGUGUAUCUUCUGAACAGUCUGCUCCAUUCGUCACAAAUAUAAAUGAAUUAACACUUCCAGAUAGUAGAUGCACUAGUAAAGGGAGGAAAAGUACAAAUAAGCAUAGCCAUUACAAAUUUGUAGAAGAUAAAAAUAUGACCGUAACAGAUUCUUACUCUUUGCUUACACCACCAAAAAUUGCAGACUCUGAUAAACAUAACCAGAUGAAUAAAAAAAAGUUGACUAAUUAUUAUGAUGAUUUGGGAAAGACAUCAUACCACCAGUUUAACUACAAAAAAGGAUUGACAGAAGAAAGUACCACUUUUCAAAAUAUGAAAAAAGCAUUUGCUUUCUCAACCCCUUAUGAUAAAUUGAGAAAUAUACAAUAUGAAGAAUUGAAGCAAAAGUAUAAAAUUAACACUAAAGUGGUUGAUAAAAAUGUUAAGAUAUUCUUGAAAUUUCUAAAAAUUUCACAUAAUUUCAGCAUGCCUUCUUCAUCAACAUUGGAUAAAGCUUUUGAAAGAGAAAGUCUUUCUACUAUCAUUUCUGGUCUCUGUAAAUGGAACACAAAAGGACGAAACAAAUUGGAUAUACCAAAAGGAUUCAGAGAUGAAAAAGGUAUCUACAUGAAAUAUCAACACAUACACCAUUCGGAGUUUACACAAAAUUCUCCCCUUUGGAAAUUCACCAAUUGGUGGUAUCAAAAUCAAGCAUGGAACCAUAAACUUGGGAACACCUUUUUUGAUUUAUUAAAGAACAGUGAAAAAGCUGGUAAAAUGAGUGACAUGUUCGCACAUACGGCCUGUUCACUAGUUCCAUGUGGAAUCAUCAAAUCGGUAGAGGUAACCAACCCGUUUGAAACAAAAAGGGAGCAGAAGCAAGGGAAGUUUUCACUGCAAGUUGGACAUCCAUUGAACACAAACGAUGAAGUAAAACUUACCAAUCUCUUCCACUCACCUUGCGAAAAAGAGAGAAACAAGAACAUCCAAAGUUUAGUCAGUAAUAUUUACUUCAGUCCAUAUUACAAUAAAAAAUAUUUUCACAAAUCGCAAAUAAAUUCUCUUGCAAAAUGUCUACUUUAUUUGUCAAAUUCGUACCUUCAAUAUUCUGAACAUGUUCAUAAUUAUAACAAGAAAAUUGACAUCCAUCUAGAGAAAAUAUUUUUACAACAAGUAGAAAAAACCUUUUAUGAAAUAUUCACAUAUGUUAUCAAAAAUAUGUACCUCGUGAAUUUAUCAAAUUGGUUCUAUAUCUUCCUUUCCUUUUGUAAAUUCGUUAGUCUACCCCAGGGGAGGGGAGGUAUAAAUGGUCAGGUGGUUUCGGGGAUUUCCCUUGAAAAAGUAAAACACCCUCUCAUGGAAAAUAUGCUAAGCGUCAUUUCUUCUGUUGAGACAUAUCGCUAUGAAGAGGUUAGGAGCAUACUGGAAGAUGAAGACAAUCGGAGAUAUCUUCACAUUAGUCAGUGUGGAAUUAAACAACUUGUAGGUGAAGAAUUGACAACUCAACUUUCAGCGGCACAUGUGGGAGGAGGAGGUUCCAAUUACGAGACUCUACACAGAAUUAUUUUGAGAAAUUUCAAUAUUGGUGGUAGAGGCAGCAUAUCAUUGCCAAGGGAAUGGGCUCUAGAGGGCGCUGAAAAUGGAGAAAGUGAAAAUAGUGCAAAAAAUGGAGAAAGUGAAAAAAGUGAAAAAAGUGAAAAAAAUGGAGAAAGUGAAAAAAGUGAAAAAAGUGAAAAAAAUGGAGAAAGUGAAAAAAGUGAAAAAAGUGCAGAAAAUGCUUCUAUCAAUGCCUCCACUGCAGACGUGGCAAAAGUAGUGAACUCAACUAGGGUUGCUUCUCCCCAGACUGGAGACGAAGAGAGCGGUGUGAGAGCCUCAAACAGAGGUGGUGGCAUAGAGAACCUUAAAGGAAAUGUCCCAAAUGGACAUACGAACCAAAUGAUGGUGUACCAAAGCGGCAUAAAGUUCCUUUUGACAAUGUUAAAUAAUUAUUUGAUCUUUUCACCAUUCCAUAUGAAGAGGUUCCUAAUUAUUUUGUAUCACUUAAACAUGCAAGUUUUUAAAAAUAUAACUUCCCAUUCUCAUUUCGAAACCAGACUAUAUCAAAAUUAUAACAAGUUUAUGAACAGAUAUUUUUACAUACACACUGGGUGCAAAGAAAAUGUAGAAAUUCUAAAGAAGUCUCAUGUAGCGAAAUUAAAGUGGUCUUACUUAAUGCACAAAAAAGAGAAGCAUUUAAGUUGCACUCGUUACAACUUAUGCGCAAGAACACAAGACGAUUUGUUGGGAGAUAGACACACAUAUGAUGUAUACUCUCAGGUAGAGAAUAUAUUUAGAAAAAAAAAAAAAUUUUUUACACUGGAUGAUUUGAUAAAUUUUAUCGUAAUUUACAGCCUGAACGGAUUUUACCACUACUCUACAUUUUAUUAUGAUAUUUCAAAAUGGUUAUUUCGAUAUGAUUUAUCUUGUCUCAAAGAUGAGAUGAAAAUAUUUUUAUACCUUCACUUGAGUCAUUGCAAACAUGUAUAUAAACCAUUAUAUUUUUACCUACUAAGACAAGUGUGUGAAAUUAAAACGACAAGCAAACAAAUUAAUCUCCUUCUUCUGUGUAAUUUUAUUUAUAUGCUAAUUAAUUAUGACGAUCAUGGUCAGGUAAAAUUAAAAAAUGUUCCAUAUAUUCAGAGAAAAUUUGGGAAAAUUCUUUGGACUUAUUUUUUCCCAAUAGAUUUAUUUGUUAUCAAAAAUGCACACAUUAUUGCAUCAACCAAAAUAAAAAAUUUCGAGUAUGAUAUAGCAAGUACAAAGUCAAUCGAUACAGGGCCAAAUGAUAAGAAAACUACCAUGCAUGAAAAAAUGAAUCUUGCACAAAUACAUUUCGAUUUUAAUAUAUGGAAAAUUAAAGAUCAUUUAAAAAGUAAGAUACCACAAAUGGUUACAUUGUUGGAAGAAGAGUACUUACAGAAAAAAACAUCCUCAAAGACAGAAAGGCAUGAUCAUCCUUUUCUUCUUUUCAAUUUCCACAUUUUUGAUAAAAAAACGGAAGAGGAAAUGUUUAAUAUUUGCUUAAAUUUUUUGUCCUAUGAUUUCGUGUGCACCAAUUUUUUAAUAAGUAAGAAAUCGUUGUAUUAUGCUAUGUUGUUACAUUUAAAAAGGGAACAGAAAGUUUUCUGA